AGUACGACCUGUUUGGCAGACAGCUUCCGGAGCCCGGAUGACAGUUCCCGCCAAGAGGUAUCCUUAUACGAAAGCUAGAGGAAGCAAGACGUUCUUUAUACGACUAGUGAAUAGACGAACAUAGAGAUUACGAAAGGCACUUACAGCGUUAUGCAUAGGUAAGUCUGUGGGUAACUCACGGGAUUACUGGGUCACACUAAUACCCUAAUUACUUUACUAUUUUCGUCUAAAUAAGUAAAAAGAAACGGGAAAUAAAAAGAAAAGAACUUAAGUCAACAAAACGAAAUAGUGAAAUAAGUUGUUCUAAAGUAAAAUGAGAGGGUUUAUGUAUUCUUUCUAGAGAUGAAAACUUACUUUGUCCGCCAUUUUAGAAUUGCGCAAUGUCAUACACCAAAUCAACCGGUGCCUGACCUCAAUGUAGAGAGUGCGCGAACAGAAUUGUGGGAAGGGGGACCAGACUAUCUCUAAGGGAACUCUCCUAUUUAGGAGGUAAUUUAGUCCACGAAUGUUUUGUUUACUAGUUUGACAGACGGCGGUAUGAAUUGAAUUUAAGUGGGAUACAGGUGUUUUAUGAGAUUUAAAGAACUGAAAAUGUAAGAGAAACAUGGCUUGCUAUUUCAAUUACUUUGUUGACUCUAUAGAAUGUUCAAACGAUGAAGUUAUUUUGAAAAAUCAUGCUGAAAAAGACGUACAAAUUAUUCUAACAGAAUGUUGUGUAUUACUGGACAAUAUCAGUGAAUGUUCAUUUAAUAUUUGUUCGGCACAUUUCUCCCAUAUUCUUGAGAGAAAUCUCAAAAGAAGCAGAAGAAUUUAUUGUGAAGUUCCAUCAUGCAUCAAUACACACCCUGAAUCAAAAUCAACAAGAAGAAAAGACAGACUGCUAACCUUUUCAAAUGUCGUAUCAAUCAGAGAGAAUUUUGGUGUUAUUAUACCUGUUGGAACUCCUGUUUGUGCCAAUUGCAGAAGAAAGCUGUGUACUAAUCGACCAAAAGAAUCCAUUCAAGUAGUUACAGAUUUUGAUACUUGUUUGUCAAAGAGCAAUGAUGAACAGAUAUUAGGAAGGGGAAUGAGGAAGCAUUCCAAAGAUGUAGAGAUGCAGGUACAUGUAACUGAUAGAAUAGAUUACCCUUGUGUUUCCAGUCAAGACUUUGAACCAUCACAGAAUAGUUUAUCACAGCAAUCCAGCAAGAGCCUAAAUAUAUAUGAGUCCUUUGAUCGUUUGGAGUGCUUGAACAACUUCCUUUCAAAAUGUGGUAUUGACUCCAUCCAUAUGCCAACUUCAACAUGGAAUUCAUAUUCGAAAAAGACAAAAGAUAGCUAUGUGGCAUUUGUAAAAGAAGUAGUAUAUGCAGUUAUAAGCACUAUUUUCCCUGAUGAAAUCCAGUGUGUCCUUGAAGACUUUUACAACUUGCCAACCAACACCACAGGGGAACAGACAAAUGAGACAGACAGUACUCUUCAAGAUGCAUUGAUUGAAUCUUACAGAAAGGCAGAUACAUGGCAGCUGAAAAGACAGAUUUUAUCUAGUCUUGCCACAAUAAUGCAAUACAAAUCAGUUGUGGAAAAAAUUCCAGAUUUAACGGAAUAUCGGUACUACAAGGCCAAGAAUCAUGCUGUAGUUUAUGGCUGUGCUCUACCUCCCCCCAGUAUUGAGCAACACCGACAAAGAAUGGAUCCACACAAAUUGGACAUUUUUCUAGAUUUCAUAACAUCCUCCCACAUUAUCAAAGAUCUACCAUUUGGAGAAAGAAAAUUAAGACUGUCAAAUGGUAAAGUGGUUGAAACACCCAAUGUCAUCAGAUGUAUGGCUCCAGCUGCUAUUAUACAACAGUUUAAGCAGUACUGUCUUGAAAAUGAUGAAGUGCCUCUAGGUAAAUAUUGCAUUGCUUAUAUGUAGUAUUAUAAUAAUGCAAUAUUAGUCCCCUACCGACGAAGUUGAAGGAGACUUUAGGUUUGCGCUCCAUCCGUCUGUCUGUCCGUCAGUCCUGCAAAUCAGUUUUCCAGUCUUUUUAUGUGCUUGCAGAUAUUCAUUGGAUAUUUGGUACAUUGCUUUGCCAUAACAAGUUACAGAUCAAGUUUGAAUUUUG